AAGGUUAAGAAGAAUCUACCCCAAGCCUCACCUGCCUUUCAAACCAGCCAGCUUUAUGGACUCCAAUGGCCAUGCAAUGCAAACCCACUAAGAUAUUAUGAUCAUUUGGAUAAUGCAAAUCUAGAUUAAGAGGCUGAAGUUCAAAACCCAGCUUUGUUUGCUUCUUUGCCAUAUAUAUUUGUGCAUGCUCAGAAAGCUAAAAGGAACCAUUUGUCUUUGGAGUUUUUGGAAAUGGGUUUGCUAAGUGAAGGCCUAACUCAGCUUCUGAUCCCUUUGGCUGCUCUUGUUGGACUUGCUUUUGCUUUGCUUCAGUGGUUUUUGGUCUCAAGGGUGAAGGUCUCUGGUAGCUAUGGUGAGGGGAAUGGCUAUAAGGACAAGUUGAUUGGAGAAGCAGAAGAGGGUGUUGACAGCCUUGAGGUUACCAUCAAGGUUGCUGAAAUUCAAAAUGCCAUUUCUAUUGGGGCGACCUCUUUUCUGUUUACCCAAUACAGAUACCUUAGCAUCUUCGUGGGUGUAUUUAGUGCCAUAAUCUUCCUCUUCCUUGGUUCAGUGAAGGGUUUUAGUACCAAAAGUGAACCUUGCACAUAUAACACGGGCAAUACAUGUAAACCAGCAUUAGCCAAUGCCUUGUUUACUACUAUUGCCUUCUUGCUCGGCGCUCUUACCUCAGUCCUCUCUGGUUUUUUUGGGAUGAAGAUUGCAACAUAUGCCAAUGCCAGAACAACUCUAGAAGCAAGGAGGGGUGUCGGGAAGGCUUUCAUUACCGCUUUUCGCUCUGGUGCUGUGAUGGGAUUCCUUCUUGCUGCCAACGGCCUUUUGGUGCUGUAUAUCACUAUCAAUCUAUUUAAGUUGUAUUAUGGGGAUGACUGGGAAGGACUGUAUGAGUCAAUUACUGGCUAUGGACUUGGAGGUUCUUCAAUGGCACUCUUUGGAAGAGUUGGCGGAGGUAUAUACACAAAAGCAGCUGAUGUUGGUGCUGAUCUUGUCGGGAAGGUUGAACGAAAUAUCCCUGAAGAUGAUCCGCGAAACCCAGCUGUUAUUGCAGACAAUGUGGGUGACAAUGUAGGAGACAUUGCAGGAAUGGGAUCUGACCUAUUCGGAUCUUAUGCCGAAUCAUCUUGUGCAGCAUUGUUUGUUGCAUCCAUCUCAUCCUUUGGUAUCAGUCAUGACUACACAGCCAUGUCAUAUCCAUUGAUCAUAAGCUCAAUGGGGAUUGUGGUUUGUCUGAUAACAACCCUUUUUGCAACUGAUCUGUUUGAAAUCAAGAAAGUGAAUGAGAUCGAACCGUCCUUGAAGCGACAACUUCUUAUCUCAACAGUUUUAAUGACUGCUGGGAUUGCCGCGGUCACUUUUGUAGCUUUACCAUCAGAAUUCACUCUCUUCAGCUUUGGAACCAAUAAGGCUGUCAAGAACUGGUACCUCUUCUUUUGUGUAGCAAUUGGCUUGUGGGCUGGUCUUGUUAUUGGAUAUACUACAGAAUACUACACUAGCAAUGCUUACAGUCCAGUGCAGGAUGUGGCAGAUUCUUGUAGGACUGGUGCUGCAACAAACGUGAUUUUCGGGCUGGCUCUGGGUUACAAAUCAGUCAUCAUUCCUGUAUUUGCCAUUGCCUUUGCUAUAUACGUUAGCUUUAGCUUGGCCGCCAUGUAUGGAAUUGCUGUGGCUGCGUUGGGAAUGCUCAGUACUAUCUCCACAGGUCUUGCAAUUGAUGCUUAUGGCCCAAUAAGUGACAAUGCUGGUGGGAUUGCAGAAAUGGCCGGUAUGAGCCAUGAGAUACGCGAAAGAACAGAUGCUUUAGAUGCUGCCGGAAACACAACUGCAGCUAUUGGCAAGGGUUUUGCUAUUGGAUCAGCCGCUCUUGUUUCUCUUGCUUUGUUUGGUGCCUAUGUUAGCAGAGCAGGCAUAGAGACUGUUGAUGUGCUGACCCCAAAAGUCUUCAUUGGCUUGCUUGUGGGAGCUAUGCUUCCAUACUGGUUUUCAGCCAUGACAAUGAAGAGCGUGGGAAGUGCAGCACUCAAAAUGGUCGAAGAGGUUCGCAGACAAUUCAAUACAAUUCCAGGCCUCAUGGAAGGAACAGCGAAGCCAGAUUACGCAACAUGUGUCAAGAUUUCCACUGAUGCUUCCCUCAAGGAGAUGAUCCCGCCUGGCGCUUUGGUCAUGCUUACGCCACUCAUUGCCGGGACCUUCUUUGGAGUAGAAACUCUUGCUGGGAUCCUUGCUGGUUCACUUGUUUCUGGCGUGCAGAUUGCCAUUUCAGCUUCGAACACCGGUGGUGCAUGGGAUAAUGCAAAGAAAUACAUAGAGGCUGGUGCUUCUGAACAUGCUAAAUCACUAGGUCCUAAGGGUUCUGAUCCUCACAAGGCGGCCGUGAUAGGCGACACAAUCGGAGACCCCCUCAAGGACACUUCUGGUCCUUCACUCAACAUUCUUAUCAAGCUCAUGGCAGUUGAGUCCUUGGUGUUUGCUCCAUUCUUUGCAGCUCAUGGAGGCGUGCUCUUCAAAUGGCUUUGAAAUCUGGAGCUGUAAAAAACACCAUCAGUUUAACCUCCGGUAUAUAAAUUCACUGGUUUGAGCAGUAAAAUGUCAAAUGGAGCUUCACCCUAAUCAGUACUUUCAUGAUGUAAAGUAGAAGCUACAUAUAUAUGUCUUUGCUCUAAUUCCCAAUUUUACUUUGAACUAAAUAAUAUAUGUAUCCCUACUGAAUUUUGCCAUUUCUAGAUCAUGCAUUUUUAUCAUUAUAUUUCUGUUGGUAUAA